UCUGAAGGCGCGCGCAUGGCGGUCGGGGAGGCGCUGCGGCGGCUCUGUGAGGAGAUCGGCUGGUCGUACGCCGUCUUCUGGAAGGCCAUCGGCGCCGCCGACCCCGUGCAUUUGGUGUGGGAGGACGGCUUCUGCGGCCACACGCCCUGCCUCGCCGGAUCUGAGGCUUCUCAAGCUCCUCCGGCCACCGAGCUAGGGUGUGAUGCUGCUGUCGACACCAUUUGCUCGCUCGUCAGGAAGGCCAUGGCCUCCCAGGUUCAUAUCGUCGGAGAAGGGACCGUGGGCCGUGCUGCGUUCACCGGCAAUCAUCAGUGGAUCGUCCACCGUACCGCGGAUGAUCACGGCCUUUCAUCCGAGGUUGCUUCUGAGAUGGAUUGUCACUUCAGAGCUGGCAUUAAGACUAUUGCGAUUAUUCCUGUGCUACCACGCGGCGUGCUACAGUUAGGCUCUACUGGUGUGGUCACGGAGAACACAAGUUUUGUGAUGCAUGCAAAAAAAUUGUGCUCUCAGCUGAACCAGCGAUCAAGUAUGGCUGUAUCUGCUUCAGUAAAAGGUACUUUGAGUCAGUCGCGCCCUCUACAUGGUACCUCGAACAUCCACAAUGCAGACAGUUCCUCAAAGGUUUUCAGUCAAUUCCCAGCUACACGUGAACAAUACAGACAUGCUGAUAUUGCAAUUGCGUCAAGUAGCAAUUCACUAAAUGCAUCUUGGUUUGAGGGCACACAACAGAAUGGUCGAACACUUAGAGAGCAUAUUGUCUGUGCUAAACCCAAUGGUAUGUUUGCACAACAGGUGUCUUAUUUUGACAGUGGACUUGGAAGUAAUACACAGAGUGCUGCAGUAAGCUCUGGUUUGGUCCCAUCGAGCUUGGCAUCAGUGAAACAACAGCAAGUGUCGAUGAACAACAUUGGGCAGUUAGAAUUUGGUAGCGGUACUGAAUUGGCGAGAAAUACUCUGCUAAAGUCGCUUGCUUACCGAAACCCUUUUAUACAAGAAAGUACCAACAUAAGUCCGUCACAUGGAAGAGUUGACGUAUACAAUGGGACUACCGGUCAUGGAAGUUAUAAUUUCCUCCCUGGGGGUGCCAGAGGUGUCAGUGCUAACUUAUGUACCAGUGCAUCAAGUCAAGUGUCAGAACAAGGAAGCCAUUCCACUUCAGGAAUGUUACUGCAGAAACAGCCUCCAGUUUCUUGUAAGGUUCCCCAAUCUUCUGAAUUCACCAUGAAAAUGGUGAACCAAGAAAGAAGUUCAUUUGAAGCUCAUCCACCUGUAUCUUCUGAAGUUGAUGUUCAGGUUUCUAAUGGCUUGAAUGGCAUUUCCCAAGGGAAUCCAUUGAGUAGGUCAUGUCAUACGCACCAAAGUCAAAAUGUCAGUAGAGUAAAUGAUCCACAUCUUGCUGUGAGCACACAAGGUAUGAAGAAUGUGGACAGUCGCACGCUGCCAGGUAUGCCCAGUGAGACAGGCCACUCAUUGCUUUUGCAGCCAACGUGGGAUAAUGACUUGUUUGACAUACUUGGUCCUGAAUUUCAUCAGCUAUGCCACAAUUUGGAUCCUAAUUUGGUCCCAUGGUGUGAUGCAAAAUCUCAGAGUUCAGAUAGAGAUGCAACUGAUCCAUCGAUUUGUCUUGAUUCUUCUCCACUCUUCAGUUCACUAGACAAUGACAUUCCCUAUUCUGGGAUCUUCUCACUAACUGAUACUGAUCAAUUAUUGGAUGCUGUCAUCUCAAAUGUCAACCCGGGUAGUAAGCAGAGUUCUGAUGAUAAUGCUUCUUGUAAAACUACAUUGACUGACAUUCCAAGCACUUCUCAUAUUGGUUCGAAAGAAUUAAAACAAUGCGACUCCUCUGGUAUUCCUCCAAUGGUAAUCAAGAAUGAGUCCGCACAGAUUGUUAAACAGCCAUAUUACUUUGAUAAGACUGAGGAUGGUUGCCUUUCCCAAAAUAACGGAGCACAGAAAUCUCAGAUACGUCUUUGGAUUGAGAAUGGUCAGAACAUGAAAUGUGAAAGUGCAUCAGCUUCUAACAGCAAAGGUCUUGAUGCACCAAGCAAGUCAAAUCGAAAGAGAUCUCGACCUGGAGAGAGUUCUAAGUCACGGCCAAAGGAUCGACAGCUGAUACAGGAUCGUAUAAAGGAGCUCCGAGAAAUGGUGCCUAAUGGGGCUAAGCAGUGUAGCAUUGAUGCUUUGUUGGAGAAGACAGUUAAGCACAUGCUCUUCUUGCAAAGCGUCACAAAGCAUGCUGACAAGCUCAAGGAUUCUACUGAAUCUAAGAUACUUGGCAGUGAGAAUGGUCCCGUAUGGAAAGACUACUUUGAAGGUGGUGCAACCUGGGCGUUUGAUGUUGGCUCUCAGUCUAUGACAUGCCCAAUUGUUGUUGAGGAUCUUGACAGACCUCGUCAGAUGCUUGUGGAGAUGAUUUGUGAGGAUAGAGGCAUCUUCUUGGAGAUAGCUGAUUUUAUAAAAGGACUUGGGUUGACCAUCCUGAGAGGUGUGAUGGAAGCACGUAAAAGUAAAAUCUGGGCACGCUUUACUGUUGAGGCAAACAGGGAUGUAACCAGAAUGGAAAUCUUUCUAUCUCUUGUACGCUUAUUGGAACCCAAUUGCGAUGCCAGCGGGGCAGCCGAGAACUCCAACAGCGUAAAGAUGCCCCUCGGUUUGGUUCGCCAGCCAGUCAUCCCAGCAACAGGUGGUAUCCAGUGAAAAGUGGAGAGAACCCUCCUGAAGUCAAUCAAGUUUCAAGUGCUAAGAGCAGCAGGCUGCGCAGGACUGGAGUCGAACACUUUGAAUUCUGCAUCUGCGCGCCAUGACUAGCAUUGCCAGCGCCACUUGCUUUUCCAGUGACACCUUGCCGCGCAGAAAAUGUACAUCUCUAUCGCCCGAGUCACGGAGAGCAUUUACACAAGAUGCAUUUAAUAUGGGGCGUUGAUUCAGCAGAUGAUCAGUAGGCAGUGUUGUCGCUUGUACAAUCUUAGUUUUGUUUGGUACUUUUGUUUUGCGGUAUAUUAGUGGGUUUUUUACCGGAUGGAAAUUCUUGAGUUGAUUUGUGUAGCGUUGAUAGUGUAAAAGCCCUUUGUAAGUCCUCUUCAGACUAGAAGCUGAACUGUUAGUAUGUGAUCCAGCGAUUCCUAACACUGACCUCUGAGAAGCUAGAUUUUGCUGCGUGAACAGACUAUGCA